UCCUGUUUGUGCCCCAGCUACAAGUUCUGUUUGUGUCUCUGCUACAAGUUCUGGUUGUGUCUCUACCACAAGUUCUAGUUGUGUCUCUGCCACAAGUACUGGUCAUGCUUUUACUACAAGUACUGUUUGUACCCCCACUACAAGUCCUG